CACACACACUCACACACGGAAAAACUGAACACGGAGUGUGAGCGUCAGAUGUGUGUCCGUCUUCUCUUCAGGUCCAUGGCAUUACACAGAGAUGAGUUUGCCACACAUCCUUGAGGAAACGCUGAUCAAACGUUCUCAGCAGAAGAAACGAACGUCUCCACUCAACUAUAAAGAGCGAGUGUUCGUUCUCACCAAGAGCAAACUCACGUACUAUGAGCUCAGAGCCGAGAAGAGGUUUAAGAAAGGCUCUGUGGAUCUACAGAGGGUCAAGUGUGUGGAGAUCGUGAAGAAUAACACAACUGUCAUUCCCUGCCAGAACAAAUACCCCUUCCAGGUAGUUUAUGAUUCCAGCACGUUGUAUAUUUUUGCUCCCAGUAAUGAGAGUCGAAGUGUUUGGGUGCAAAACAUCAAGGAAGAGAUCAGGAAUAAUCCUCUGAUCGCAGACAAGUAUCAUUCUCAGUUCUGGCAGGAGGGCGAGUGGCUGUGCUGUGGGCAGGUGGAUAAGCUCGCACCGGGAUGUGAGGGGUACAACUUAUUUGGAGAUGUUUCACGUAAACCUCUUCCUCCGGUUCCUGAAGAUCAGAACAUCAGCUGUACGAAGCAGGGCUACAUCCCCAGCAACUAUGUGACUGAAAAGGCAUCAGAUAAGUUGGAGCAGUUCAUAUGGUUCAGUAAAAAUGUGAAUCGCAACAAAGCUGAAGAGCUCCUCAGGAAAGAGGGUAAAGAAGGUGGUUUCAUGGUUCGAUUGUCCAGUAAUACAGGGACAUACACUGUGUCACUGUACACCAAAAGCACAAGUGACGGAGCAGCAGCGAUCCGACAUUACCAGAUUAAAGAAAUACACGCAUCACCAAAGCAGUUCUACCUGGCGGAGAAGUACAUCUUCACCAGCAUUCCUGAACUGAUAGAGUAUCACAAACACAACGCUGCAGGUCUUGUUUCCAGGCUCCGUCAUGCUGUCGGUGAUCAGAAGAGAGAAGCUCCUACAACAGCAGGAUUCAGCUACGAUAAAUGGGAGAUCAACCCAUCGGAGCUGACCUUCAUGAAGGAGCUGGGUUCAGGUCAGUUUGGAGUGGUCCGACUGGGCAAAUGGAGAGCACAGCAUAAAGUGGCCAUUAAAACCAUCCGGGAAGGAGCCAUGAGCGAAGACGAUUUCAUUGAGGAAGCCAAGAUCAUGAUGAACCUGUCCCACCGUAACCUGGUGCAGCUGUACGGAGUGUGCACGCAGCAGAAGCCCAUAUACCUGGUGACGGAGUUCAUGGAGCUGGGCUGCCUGCUCAACUUCCUGCGGCAGCGCAGAGGAACGCUCGCGGCUCAGGACCUGCUGGGAAUCUGCCAUGACAUCAGUCAGGGGAUGCAGCAUCUGGAGGAGAACAGAUUCAUCCACAGAGACCUGGCGGCAAGGAACUGUCUGGUGAACUCCUCGAUGGUGGUGAAGGUCUCAGACUUCGGGAUGACAAGGUACGUUCUGGACGACCAGUACUGGAGCUCUUCUGGAACAAAAUUCCCAGUCAAAUGGUCUCCUCCUGAGGUCUUCAACUUCUGCAGAUACAGCAGCAAAUCUGACGUCUGGUCAUUCGGUGUGCUGAUGUGGGAGGUUUUCACUGAAGGGAAGAUGCCGUUUGAACACAGUCAGAAUCAUGAGGUGGUGCUGAUGGUCACUCAGGGACAUCGACUCUACCGGCCCAAAAGCAGCUCCUCACAUCUACAAUAUCAUGAAGAUGUGCUGGAUGGAGAAACCAGACGAGCGUCCGACCUUCUCUGAGACCUCUCUAAUGAUCACCAAUGAGCUGGAGGAUGAUGGAUCUGUGUCCUGAUUGGACAGGCUUUUGCACCUGAGCAUCAUGUGAUCAAAAAGGCUCGCCGCUGGUUCGGGGCCGCCACACACACACACACACACACACGUCUGGAUGAUUCUGGGGGCCCGUAUGGGAUGUUUUUAUCUCCUCAAGGACUGAUUCCUCCACCUAUCGGCUCUUCAAGGCUCUUUUUCCCUGCAGCCCAUAUUGAAAUAUGAUCUAUGCUAAUAUAUGCAAAUUACCUAUAUAAUAUUCAGUUUUAUAUUUGGAUUUUACAUAUAUAAAAUAUGUCAUAUAUGCAACUUUUUACAUACACACACACACACACACACACACACAUAUGUUAAAAUAUAUUAGCUAUAUGCAGUUAAAGUCUAAAUUAUUUGCCCUCCUUUUUCUUUCUUUUCCAAAUAUUUCCCAAAUGAUGUUGAACCGUUUCAGGAAAUUUUCACAGUAUUUCCUAUAAUAUUUUUUCUUCUGGAGAAAGUCUGAUUUGUUUUAUUUGGGCUAGAAUAAAAGCAGUUUUUGAUUUUUUUACAACCCAUUUUAAGGUCAAUAUUAUUAGCCCUCUUAAGCAAUGUUUGUUUUGGAUUGUCUCCAGAACAAACCACUGUUAUGACUUGUCUAAUUACCCUAACUUUACCCUAAUUAACCUAGUGAAGCCUUUAAAUGUCACUUUAAGCUGAACACUAGUGUCUAGUGACAAAUUAUAUGUACACAUUUGCAAAAAAAUAUAUGUAAACAGACUCUUUUUGCGAUAUUUUGGUAUAUUAUGGUGCAUAUAUGACGUAUAUUUGAUAUAUGUGAAAUCCAAAUAUGAGCUUCUAUGUCAUAUAAGUGAUCUGCAUAUAUUUCCACAGACGCAAUCUGUAUAUGGAAUGAAGUCAGUCUGAAUGUGUUGACCUGCUGAAAUAAACCUCAGACAGAGUCAUUGUCAAUCAACUCGCA